CUGACGACUGUAGAGCAGCCCUCUGUGCUACUGAAGCCCUGCCUACUGAGGAAGACUCUGUGAUUUAUUCAGGGUUGGCCCUGACAACCAGAACUUGAAGAAAAUGUAUGAAGUUUCAUUUUAUUGCAGAUGUCAUUUGUUCAAGUAAUUACAUGUUGUUUUUUAAGUUAAGGCUUCUGGGUAACUCUUCAUGAGGAACUUAUCUGUGGUUCAUCUGCUGAUGUAGAAAUAUGGUAUUUUAAUGAAAUGGGGAAGUGGCCAUUUGUCUUGAUCACUUCUGCAACGGAAUGACAAAGAUAAAACGAAAAUAAUUUUGGCAGUGAAGAACCAGUCAACGUUUUUUUAUUGAGGGAUACAAACAGUGCCUUUCACCAGCUGAAUGCAAGAAAUGUAUCAAUAAAGCUCUUACUUUUAGAUUUCAUAACAGACCAUUUAAUUGCUUAAUUGACUUAUCUUUUAUGAGUUUUUUUCUAUCAUGUCUGUUAAAGAGUUUUCUGUUAAUAAAUAAAACAAAAUAUAUGUGUUUUGUUUUCAGCUUCAAAACCUUUUAAAAUAAUUUAGUUUUUAAAGUAAAUUUUGAAUGUUAUUCACAGAGUGUGAUAAGUUCUUUAGAAAAUAUUAUAUGGUCUUUCGACAAUGUUUUAUAUAAUGUAGUUCUUUAGAAAGUAUACAAUGGUCUCUUUUCUAAGGUUCAAAAUGGCCAAAUACAGCUCUCUGGUCUUCAUGUUGGUUCAUGUUUUCUAGCUCUAAUGCAGUCUUCACAGGCAAAACCCAAGGCUAAAACCAAGAGUAGACAUUCAGAACUAUUAUAAUUUAACCCGUCAUUCUCACCCAUCGCAGUGUGGGUAAUCGAGAUGGCGACCGCAGCGUCCACUGCUCAAGCGAGUCAAACUUUUAAACGUUUUAAACGUUUUAACCGCCCUACUUUUAAACGUUUCAAUUGUGGAUUGCCUCCUAUUUUAACUUUUCCACAAAGAUGCGUGAUUGUCAUUGUUUUAAUCUUUCGCCUGAUCGCUUGCUCGUCACGCUGUCACUUCUUGCCUGACGAUGGGGAGGGAAGCUACUUCCCGACUGCAGGUAGCCAACAUCUCCUGUUCUCCGGGUUCCUGGAUAUUGGCCGUGCCAGAGCCCCAUCAUCAUCUAGUAAGGAUGGGGUCCCUACGUCGAGCUCUUCUGUUGGAUUCAUUUGGCUGACGCUGAUACUCCUCUUGGCCGGUGACGUUGAGCUAAACCCUGGCCCAGCUAGCCCAGCUAGCCCAGCAGCUAGCUUGGACUUUCCUCCACCUGCGCUGCUUUCUUCGGCGGGCCGUGGCGGUCCCGCACUGGCGGCGAUUGGCCUGGUGUCUGGGUUGCUGGCUCCUCUGGCCUGCUUCGGUGGAGGUCUGCUGGCUGAUUUGCAGUCUCUUCCGGUAUGCUGCGGCGGGACUGUUGAGGUGAUCGCCGGACUGUCGGCCUUUCCUGGCGUUGGUUCAUCCCGGGAGGAUUUCGCUCCUGCUGCGGUGGUGGCUCGUCUUCAGCCCGGAUCCGUAGCAGGGCGGCCUGCGCUUCCCUACGGCGCAGUUGGGCUUCGGAGCGGCAGCGGACUAUUGUCAACAACGUUUGCCUCGAGUACAGCAACUGAGUUGCGGAGCAACAGCUGGCGUCCUGAAUGGUCCGGUAAGGAUACCGCGGCUUUGUGUGUCAUCCCCACUAUCAGCCCCCUCCCAGUACGUCUUCCUCGUUGUGCUUCCAGGCCAAGCAGAGCUGUGCAGGGAAACCUGGUGGUUGUUUCUACUGGUAUUGCCUUGCCCGGCUCUGCUCCUUCUGCUACUCUGGGAUCUAAUGAUUUGGGGUCAUUGCAGGACCUGCGGGCCAUAAAUGAUUUGAAGCUUCUGCACCUAAAUUCGAGGAGUUUGCUGCCCAAGAUGGAUUUCAUUAACUGUAUGAUUGUCGAUGCCGCCCCCGACAUACUUGUUAUUACCGAGUCUUGGUUGUCUGGGAAAAUUUCCAACUCGGAUGUUUCUAUUGCCGGUUUUAAUUUGCUUAGAUCUGAUAGGAGAGCUAAAGGAGGUGGAGUGGCUAUAUUUGUCAGGGAACACCUAGCCGUACAGGUCCUUGUGUCCUCCACCGUCCCGAAAUGUUUUGAGUGUUUAGUUUUAGAUGUUUUUUUGGUUGGUGGCGUCCAUAUUGUGGUUGCUGGUGUUUAUCGCCCACCCUCUGCGCCAACUUCAGCAUUAGAUGAGUUGGGGAAGGUGUUAUCUAUGUAUGCCUCUUCCGAAUUGGUGGUGCUGGGCGAUUUAAACCUGGACUGGCUCUCUGAUAGCUGUACUAGUCUUUAACAGCUCUGCUUAGAUUUAGAUCUAUCUCAACUUAUUUUACACCCCACAAGACCAAAUGCCAAAUCUCCAUCUAGAUCCACCCUAAUUGAUAUUAUAUUAACUAAUAGGCCAUUUAAAUAUCCUCAGUGUGGGGUGUUUGCACCAGGCAUUAGCGACCACUGCCCUAUAGCUUGUGUUAGAUUAGUCAAAGCUAAUAAAUCCAAUGGUCACCUCAUCACAAAGCGUAAUUUUAAAUAUUUUAUAGAACAAGGCUUCCUACAUGAUUUAUCCCACUCUGAUUUAGAUAGAUUAUGCUUAAUCCCUGAUUCUGAGUUAGCUUCUGACCACUUCUCCUAUAUUUUUAAUUCCAUCACUAAUAAGCAUGCUCCUUAUAAAAAUCUCAGAGUAAAAAAUCGCUCUAGUCCCUGGAUCUCUGAGGAAGUCAUCGAAACCCUUCAACUCAGAGACCCCGCCUGGACUACUGCCAGAUCUACUGGUAAUCCGACGGACUGGUUACAUUUCAGGAAAAUGCGGAAUAAAAGAACUAGUUUAGUCAGGAAAGCCAAAUCUGAUUUCUAUUUAUCUUCAUUUGCAAAUGCCCAAGGAAACUCAGCUAGUUUUUGGAAAAUUGUAAAAUCAUUUAAAUCUGGAUCCACCUCUACUCUCCCACCUCAAAUUAGCUAUGAGAAUAAUGUUAUUUCAGACAAAUCAAAAAUGUGCGACGCAUUUAACCAACAUUUUGUAGCUUCUGGCCUUCUAUUUGAUAGGCUAUCAGCCAAUACGGUCUCGCCGGGACACGUCCAUGACCCGUCAUUGGCCGAAAACCUUUC